AUGCAGGUUUCAGAUCCAAAUAACGUGAAAAUCUAUAAUCUCAGUGUUGGAAAAUCUCUGCCAGAGUGGUUGUCAGAGCGAAAACGGAGAGCACUAUUGAAGAAAAAUGUGGAUAUCAGACGAAGAAUCGAACUUAUCCAGGACUUUGAUAUGCCAGGGCUUAGCACGACAGUGAAAGUAUCGAGAGAUGGACAAUACAUCCUAGCUACAGGUAUUUACAAGCCCAGAGUGAAAUGUUUUGAUGUAAACAAUCUUUCAUUGAAAUUCGAGAGAUGUUUUGAUUCAGAGGCAGUUACAUUCGAAGUGCUGAGUGAUGACUACAGUAAGUUGGUGUUUCUCCAGUGUGACAGGUACAUUGAAUUUCAUGCUGGUUAUGGCCGGUAUUAUAGGUUGAGAAUACCAAAGUUUGGUAGGGACAUGCAGUAUCACUAUCCUUCAUGUGAUCUAUUUGUUGUUGGUGCUUCUUCUGAAGUGUAUAGGUUGAAUUUAGAACGAGGACAAUUCAUGACACCUUUUAGCAGUAAUGCCUCUGCUAUAAAUAAAUGUGCAGUGAAUCCAAUGCACCAUUUAUUGAUUUGUGGCACUCAAGAAGGUAAAGUUGAAGCCUGGGACCCUAGAAGUAAAAGUAUGGUUGCUAGUUUGGAUUGUGCUUUUGCCUGUGUACAAGAAAAUAAGGAGUUGGAAGGAUUUCCAUCAGUAUCAGCUUUAAAAUUCAAUGGAGCACUUCAGUUAGGUGUUGGUACUACAACAGGACAGAUAUUGCUUUAUGAUAUAAGAUCAAAUAAGCCUUUUUAUAUGAAAGAUCACAUGUAUGGGUUGCCUAUUAAAGAUGUGGAGUUUCAUCAUCAGCAGGAUUUGGUUCUAUCAUUGGAUAGUUCUAUUUUGAAAAUUUGGGACAAAAAUAAUGGAAAGUUAUACACCUCUAUUGAAGCUUCAACAGAAUUUAACAAUCUUUGUACUGUUCCAAAUACUGGGCUAAUAUUUCUUGCAAAUGAAAACACAAAAAUCCAAACUUACUAUAUACCUAGUAUGGGCCCUGCCCCUAGAUGGGCUAGUUUCUUGGAUUCUCUAACUGAAGAGUUGGAAGAAAACAGUGCUGAGAAUGUAUAUGAUGACUACAAGUUUGUCACUAAACAAGAAUUAGAGAAUUUAGGACUGGAUCAUCUCAUAGGCACUAAUCUCUUGAGAGCCUACAUGCAUGGAUACUUUAUGGAUGUACGGUUGUACAAAAAAGCGAAAUCGGUUGCAAACCCGUUCGAAUUCGAGGAAUACCGCAAAAAGAAAAUCAGAGAAACCAUUGACAAAGAUAGGGCCAACAGAGUUCAAAUCAAUAAGCUCCCAAAAGUUAACAAAGACCUUGCCCUCAAGCUCAUGGACGAUGAAAAUAAUAAAAAGAAAAAAGCUGCUGCAACUUCACUAUUGUCAGACAAUAGAUUCAAAGCUCUUUUCGAAAAUCCAGAUUUUGAAGUUGACAAAAAUACUGACGAAUACAGGCUGCUCAAUCCUGUCUUAUCUAGGUUAGAUAAGGACAAAAUGAAGAAACUGAAACAGAAAUUCGUAUCUCAAGAUUUUGAACCAGUAGAGGAGGAAAUGGAGGGUAAAAAUAGUUCAGAUGAAUCAGAAGAUGAAACUGGUGCUGAAGAAAGUUCAGAUGAUGAACACACAUGGACCAAAGACGUAAAAAAACAGCACCGAAUCAUCCAGAGAGAGCACAAAGCAAAGGAAUGGCAAGAAGAGAAAGAAAGACGCGAGGAAGAGAGUAAAAAUCAGCUGAAAUUAUAUGAAAUUAGGCAGGGUGAAGAAUUCAAAGGAAUUCAUAGUCUCAAAAGGAAAAUUAAUAAGGCCUCUUUGAGUGAAAGAUUGGCCGCUGAAGAUACUUCUGUAAAACUAGUAAACUCUGUGGGCAAUAGAGAAAUGACGUUUUCAACAAGGAAAAAGAGAAAUGCUUCUAUUGAUGAGCGAAACAAGAGACACAGAGAAGAAAGAAGAAAACUAGUGAGGCCAACUCACGGGAUCAAAUCUUCACACAAAUCGAAAUUUUUUAGUGCAAAACGAAAAUAA